UCAACAUGGCGCCUGUCUGCCGGACAAAAGGCGAAUCUGUCUGACGGUGGAUUGAAACCCAAUUAGAAACAGAGGAGACAUUUUGGGAAAACUGUCAGUGUCCGUGUGUCCCGGCGCCCCGAGGCAAUAGAUAUAUGGUAAAAUAAACAUCUGUGGAGGCUCUUAGACUGGAAUAUUAAGGAUGUUCCAGCAGUGUGAGGAGCCUCGUUUCACCAUUGAGCAGAUCGACCUCCUCCAGCGGCUCAGGAGGACAGGUAUCACACAGGCCGAGGUCCUCCACGCCCUGGACACCUUGGACCACCUGGAGCGGCAACAUGGACACAAGUUGACCCAUAAACCUCCCUACAUGCCUCCCUCGUCUUCCUUGUCUUCCUCCAGCACUGUCGUCGCCUCUUCCUCCAUGACUUCCACUGCCACUCAGACAAGUUUCCCUGACAACCGACUCUCACUGUCGCCCAAUAACAACUUCGACACCACCUCUCCACCUCUACCAAUUCCAGUAGCCUCACCUGUCGCCAUGGCAGCAGUAGCUCAAAAUGGCCUAGUUGCUGUCACUAAUGGGAAGCUGUCACCGCCCCGGUUUCCUCUCGGUGUCGUUAGUGGCAGCGUGACAGCACCAGGCUACGGGUUUGAGACCAGUGAAGAGGACAUAGAUGUGGAUGAAAAGGUGGAGGACUUGAUGAGGAGGGACAGUGCUAUGAUCAAAGAAGAGAUUAAGUCCUUCCUGGCGAACAGGCGGAUCUCCCAGGCUGUGGUCGCUCAGGUAACAGGGAUCAGUCAGAGUCGUAUCUCCCACUGGCUCCUACAGCAGGGAUCAGACCUCAGCGAGCAGAAGAAACGAGCCUUCUUUCGCUGGUACCAGCUGGAGAAGACCAACCCUGGUGCCACUCUGGCCAUGCGAGCCGCCCCAUUGGCUCUGGAGGAGGUGAUGGACUGGCACCAAGCCCCGCCUCCAUUUGGCUCGGCCCCUGGGGGCUUCCGUCUGCGGCGAGGGAGCAGGUUCACCUGGAGGAAGGAGUGUCUGGCUGUUAUGGAGAGCUACUUCAGUGAUAAUCAGUAUCCUGACGAAGCAAAGAGAGAGGAGAUCGCCACCGCCUGCAACGCUGUCAUUCAGAAACCAGGAAAGAAGCUGUCCGAUCUGGAGAGGGUAACAUCUCUGAAGGUCUACAAUUGGUUUGCCAACCGUCGCAAAGACAUCAAGAGGCGCGCUAAUAUUGAAGCAGCCAUCUUGGAGAGCCACGGCAUCGAGGUUCAAAGUCCAGGCGGUCAGUCCAACAGCGACGAGGUGGAUGGCAACGACUUCCCUGACCAGGCUUGUGAGGUGUCCUUAUUUGACAAGAGAGCUUCAGCCAGACAGUUUGGUUUCAGUCGAGCUGACCUGUCCUCUCCAACCCAGGUACCCACACUGCUCCCCAGCUGGUUCUCCGCCCUGGGUAGAGGAGGCUUGUCUGGACAGAGGGGCACCUCUCUGAUUGGCCGCUCCCUAGUGUCAGGGGCGGGCCCUCAGGCAGAAGGAUCCAGAUUGACAGGCGUUUCCUGGUCUCCCCCUUCCCCCUCGCUCCAGGAUGAACCCACCAUUCACAGCGCGCUGUCCGAGCCCCAGGACGCAAUCGGUUUGGAGAAGGCGGCUGUCAAUCACAGCAACCAAGCCCUCGCCGAUCAGGUGGACGGGGCGGGGUGCAGUAUGGGGAGUGACAUCAAGACGGAAACGCUGGAGGACGACUGAGAUGGGCGGCC